AUGGGUUGUAAAACGCCGCGCCAUCUGGUGCGAACCAUUGUGGUGCUACUGCUGAGCCUUGAAAGUCUCACGCGAGCACUGCAGGCUCCAGCAGCGCGUCCCCAGGAGCUCACAGAAGAGCAGGCAGGUGAUUAUGUGCCAGCGCAGCACCACCUGCGCAGGGAGCAACCACAGCAUCACCAACAUCAUCACCACCAAAGACACACACAGCAGCACCAACAGCACCAAGCCCAGCACCAUCCGAACCAGGGUCGUCAGCGAUACCAGCCGUCCUUAGGCAACUCCUCGAGCUACUCGCUAAUAAGUGGUCCUGGGAGUAGUAGUACUAAUGGCGGAACCGAUUAUCGACCGCCCGUGUCUGUCGGUACACACCGCAACCAUCAACACUGGCUAACUGUCGGGCGACAGGGAGGACACCAGGAUACGCCACCGCAGCAUCGGCGCCAUCAUCCCCGUGGGCUACCGCAACCCACAGCACUUCCCCAGAAUCCUCACCAGCAACCCGGUGCGAGUGGUUGGCGCAGGACUUCCGGAAGUGAGCCUGGUGUCUCCGGUGUUCGACCGGUUGGAACCGCACGUCCGGUUACACGGAUGCUCACAAGAAGCGGUACCAGCUCAUCCGAUGGCACACGACACAUCAACAAUUCAAGUAAAAACGUAUGUACCGUAUACAUGUAUAGGAAAUCGAUAAGGACGUCCCACUCGAUGCAACCCUGCCUGGAUGCGGCCAACUGCGGACAGCGCACGUACAGCUAUCCGGUGGCCAAACGCGAGACCUGCUGCCGUGGCUGGGAAACGACAACGACCAUCGCCGAUGGCUGUCUGAAGCCAAUCUGUCAAACGGCGUGCCGUAACGGUGGCAAGUGUGUGGCUCCGGAUCGUUGCUCCUGCCCGGCUGGAUUUACCGGCAAGAGCUGCGAGUUGGACGUGAACGAGUGCAAGGAGUUCAAACCGUGCGAUCAGACGUGCUACAACACGGAAGGUUCGUACUACUGCACGUGCCGCGAUGGCUUUAUGCUUCAGAGCGACCGACAGAGCUGUAGAAAAAUAGAUGAAACGAACGACAUUGCUACGGAAGCACGCGACAUGGAGAACGACGUAGACUAUGACAGCUUGGAUAUUCGGUUAAAAAAGUUGGAACAGAUGAUUUCCCAUGAGGAACGGCGAUCGUACAACGAGAAACAGGAGCUCAACAAAAAAAUGCAAUACACAAUGGAUGCCGUGUCGGUGUUGAAGUCACAGGUUGCCCGACUGACGCACCGAUUAUUUCCUUCCGUAGACUACGGCAACCGAGUCCAUUGACCAUUGGGUUUGGAGUUCGACCAGAGAAAAGCUCUAACGAUUCUUACCGGUGGAAUGUGGAAUCCUGGGACACAACCUUUGUUCAAUCGCCGAUGUCACUGGAAAGGAAAACU